GUUGAAAGCAACACAGAGAUUUGACUGAGUCUGACUUCUAGCUUGUUUACUCUCCUUUAGUUUUCAGUGCAGUACCAUCGCUUUGAAUUUCCUGUUCAGAAUCAAUUGUUGGUAGCAGCGAUCUACAGCAGAAACUCAAAGGAUCAAAGUGGAUUUAAUUUGUGACUGAAAUCUUGGAAAUCAGCAGGUCUGAAGAAAACAGAAUAACUGAGAUUUCAUCAUGAAAAGAGCAGAUAGCAUUGUUGCUGCCAACAGUGAGCGGAGCACAGACGAGAUGUGGGAGUCUGCUAAUUUGGAGUUGGAUGCACUUAGUUCAUCAAUGGAACCAUAUCUUGUACGAAGGUUACCAUUUCAUGCUCUGCAACUUCCACCACUAGCCUUCAGAGUGGCUGAACAAUAUGACCUAGAAAAAAAAUCAGAAUCAGAACACGUACCAAGACCAACAACUCUUCCAUUGAUUGCCAUCACUGCUGCAGACAACAAAAGUUUAAUCUUUGGCAUAAGCCCCCAGCUGAUCAAUGCAAAGGCCUAUCAGUGUGGUCCAUUCAGCCCCCAAAUGUCCAUGGCAGCCAGUGUAGGUAGUCCUGUCCAGUGGAUCACUGGCCAUGAUUAG